AUGAGUGUUCCAAAAUCAGAACGACAACUACUGAUGAUGGAAAUGGCAAAGAAGCUGAAUCUUGAGUGCACCGAAGAGAUUGCUAAUCGAAGUUCACCGGCACUUUUCCCGGAAAACGUUCCGGGUGCAUGGGAUUUGAACAAAACACUCUCUACUGUUGUUGGUAGUUCUAUGCCAACGCGUUUUCGAACCGACCUAGACCCGCAGGAUGUUCGGCUCACUGUUGUUGGUAGUUCUAUGCCAACGCGUUUUCGAACCGACCUGGACCCGCAGGAUGUUCGGCUCGUUAACGAACUUGGACAACUCAGUGCCGAUCAACUUAUGGAGCAUGUAAAAAAUUUACAGAACAUGGCUUACUUACUUGGCUGUGAAGAAGGUUACUUUUUUGCCAUAUUUUGUACCUAA